CCUCCCUUCCUCCCUCUCUCUCUAAAGCUCUCUCUCUCUCACUAUCUUUUUUUUUUUUUGUAUUUUUGGUCCCUCUCCUUUCUUGCCUCUCCUCGGACUUAGCCGGAAAAUCGUUUCGGCGAUUUUCUUCCUUGCCAGAUAGUGGCGCUAGUCAAAUGUGAUGGGAAGCGGACUUUCUAGCCUCCUUCCUUGCUGCAAACCGGCUAACCGGACCACCAGCGAACCGGAUCAGCAGGAAGUGAUCUUUGCCGCCACUGAGCCCUUGGACGAAACCCUAGGCCACUCCUUCUGCUACGUUAGAUCUUCCGCUCGCUUUCUUUCCCCCACUCACUCGGAUCGAUUCGUCUCGCCUUCUAACUCCCUCCGCUUUUCUCCUCCUCAUGAACCCGUAUCGAGGGCCCGACCCGAUUUGCCCGAAACCGUCUUCAAGGCCAUUUCCGGAGCUUCCGUUAGCGCCAACAGUUCCACUCCCAAAACUGUUCUCCAGCUGGACAAUAUCCACGAUGAUGUUGCGGACUGUGCCGCUGGUGGCGGCGUGAGGGGAAACAUUGUGAAUGGCUUCGAGAGCACAUCAUCGUUCAGUGCUCUCCCGCUUCAGCCAGUCCCCCGGGGGGGUGACCCCUCAGGUCCGGUAGAUAGGGGAGCCUUCUUUCUGUCUGGCCCAAUUGAACGCGGCGCCCUCUCUGGCCCCCUCGAGCCCAACGCCACCACCGAAGGUGGAGGCGGCGUCCCUUUCUCGGCGCCUCUUGGUGGCAUUUAUGUCAAAAAGAAGCGGAAGAGGAGCAUUUCGGGGUUUCGGAAGGCAUUCCAUGGGAACCUUUCGGAGAAGAAGCGGCCAUGGGUUGUGCCAGUGUUAAAUUUCGUAGGAAGAAAGGAUGUUACGGCAAGCGAAGAGAAAUCGGAGAUAAAGAGUGAGAGUAAUGUACAGUGGGCGCAUGGGAAGGCGGGAGAGGAUCGGGUACACGUAGUUGUUUCGGAAGAGCACGGCUGGUUGUUUGUUGGUAUAUACGACGGCUUCAAUGGCCCUGACGCGCCGGAAUUUCUGAUGGGUCAUCUAUACCGUGCAGUGUACAAUGAAUUACAGGGUCUGUUUUGGGAAGCUGAAGAAGCGGAGGAAAAUAAUAACCCAUCGACCGCCCCUGCGGAGAAUGCAUUACUUGGAGAACAAUCUGAACCAUCGAUUGAAAUCUCCCACGCAGACUUAAAAAAUGAGGGGGGCGUAUCUGUGAGUAGAGAGGACUUAAAUUCUUUGCCUGCUGAUGGAGAAUCAGCAAAGAGAGUAACGUUUCAAGCGGACGGAACGGAAAGUAGGCGGCGUAGAUUAUGGGAGUUACUCGCCGAAGCUGAUGCUGAAGACGGGCUUGAUCUUUCUGGGUCAGAUAGAUUUGCAUUUUCCGUUGAUGAUGCUCUGAGCGUAAGCAAUGCGGGCUCAGCCGUUAGCAGACGAUGGCUAUUAUUAUCGAAGUUGAAACAUGGAUUAUCAAAACAUAAGGAGGGUCAAGGUAGCAAGUUGUUUCCCUGGAAACUAGGCACAGAAGAUAAAGAGAAGGUUGAGUUGGAAAAUCGGGCUGAAGAAAAACCAUCCCGUGGCAAUAGGAGGCGGAAAGUGGGUCCCGUGGAUCAUGAUUCGGUUUUGAGAGCAUUAUCUCGGGCUCUUGAAUUGACCGAACUUGCAUACUUGGAUAUGACGGACAAGAUUCUUGAUACAAGCCCGGAGAUCGCUUUAAUGGGGUCAUGUCUGUUAGUUGUUUUAAUGAGGGAUGAAGAUGUUUACGUGAUGAAUGUGGGAGACAGCCGAGCCAUUGUUGCACAGCAUGAGCCCAGAGAGGCUAAUUCUAGCGUGGAAUUGGAGAGCAAAGGAGAUAAGGGGUCAAGCACAGAGAGCAUAGUUGAGGAGUCCUCAGCUCCUGGUGAAAGUGCAAACAAGUCGGGGAUUGAGGAUCCUGCUCAAGAAAUGAGGUUGAUUGCAUUGCAGCUGUCCACUGACCACAGCACGAGCAUUGAAGAGGAAGUCAUUAGGAUUAAGAAUGAACAUCCAGAUGAUAACCAAUGCAUUGUAAAUGACAGAGUUAAAGGUCGUCUUAAGGUUACCAGAGCAUUUGGGGCAGGAUUUUUGAAACAGCCAAAGUGGAAUGAUCCUUUACUGGAAAUGUUUCGUAAUGAAUAUAUUGGCACUGCUCCAUAUAUAUCCUGCUGCCCUUCGCUACGUCAUCAUAGAUUAUGCCCAAGAGAUCAGUUCCUGAUCCUCUCAUCUGAUGGGUUAUAUCAAUAUCUAAGCAAUCAAGAAGUGGUUUCUCAAGUUGAGAGCUUCAUGGAAAAGUUUCCUGAUGGAGAUCCUGCUCAACAUUUGAUUGAGGAGCUUCUCCUCCGUGCAGCAAAGAAAGCUGGAAUGGAUUUACAUGACUUGUUGGAUAUCCCACAAGGAGAUAGGAGGAAAUACCAUGAUGAUGUUACUGUCAUGGUGAUAUCACUUGAAGGCCGAAUCUGGAAAUCAUCAGGAAAGUAUCUGUGAGGCCAACCUUCAACUAGCCGGUGGCCCUAUACAUGUGAUUAUACAUUUAUUUUCUUCACCUGAAGGUGAAUCCAACUGGCACCAAACUUUUACAGCCGAUCCAUUUUUCAUGGGUCCUAAGGUGUUUUGCCUGGGUCUUGCAGCAUGAAGGUGUAGUCACCUCAUAUGUUAAAGGCAAUAGACUACCGUUAGAAUUUCAUCCAAAAUUUGGGAUUGGGGUUUUGAGAACGGGAAAUUGCAGGUAGAAUUUUAGGGAUUCUCUCUAGGAGGGAAAGAUAGUGAAGUCUUUUAGAUCCGCUUCUUGUUUUCCUUUUGCCCUUUCGCUGUUUUCUUUCCCCCUCUUUUUUUCCCCCAGUUUAUAGAGAUGAAAAAUGAUAGAAAUUUUGCGUAGCGGAGGCUCUUUCUAUUCAUUUUGUUUUUCUUUCUUUGUUGGAGCCAAAAGAAUAUGGGUGUACAUUGGUGGGGUGGGGAUACAAAUGUACUUAUAUUAACUUGAUCAUUCCCUAGUCAGAAACGAGCUUCUGUAAUUGAGGGUGGUGUUCCACCGUUGCGGAUCGACAUGAUUCUGAAUUACUGAGAUCUGUGAAUCAAAUCAUUUCGAGUUGUAGGAUCAAAUAGGUCCUAGCCAAA